UACUUACAUUAAUAUAUGCGAAAUGUAUUUAUAUAUACAAUAAUAAAAAGUUUAUCAAACGGGAUAUAAUAAUUUUGAAAUUGCUAUUGAGCUCAUUUUAAAUGCGUAAUAUCUCAGUUUCUGCAACAUUCAGUGCACUAUCACUGUAAUUUAAUGUUUUAGUAAACAUUAAAAACCAAUUGGAAAAUUUUAUGAAAAGGGCACAUUUUUCAAUUGUCAUUAGGAAAACUUGUAAGGUGGUGCCUCUAGUGACGGAAAGCUCAAGUAUUUGCUAGUGUUGAGCAACCAGAGAGGGUCGGUGUGUUGCGAGUUGCGAAGUGAGUUGAGUUUGUGUGCGUGUAGUGAUUGGGUGCGUUAUAGGGCGCCUAGCUACAUUUAUUUCGUUCGUGCGACCAAUGUUAACCUGACCUCCACGACUAUUCGACGGGAUUGCGACGGGUUCUGGGGCGACCGCUAUCGCAAACAUAUUGGACCAGCCACAAAUUUUAAAAUGCUAUAUCCCUAACUUCUAUGGAGCAUCAGUUUAUCGCAUGUUCCGCCUUUAUAGAAGCUUUCAUCUUAGGUGGCUUAAACAAAAGUGGGUUCGGUGAGGAUCCUUGUUGUCCACAAGUUUUAUAUGGAAAUUUGUCUUUAUUCCUUUGUUAAGAAACUGCUCGCGAACAGAUCUUGAAGUGGAAUAUGGCUACGAUAGACGGCCGUCCCGCACAAUAUGGAAUUACCUUGAAACAACUACGUGACCUUAUGGAACAUAGGGGCCCAGACGGAAUAGCAAAAAUACAAGAAUUAGGUGGGACUCAAGAAGUAUGUAAAAAAUUGUACACAUCGCCCAGUGAAGGACUUAGUGGAUCACAAGUAGACCUUGAACAUAGAAGAGAAACAUUUGGAUCAAAUUCAAUUCCUCCAAAGCCUCCAAAAACAUUUUUACAACUAGUAUGGGAAGCUUUACAGGAUAUUACACUUAUUAUUCUAGAAGUAGCAGCCAUAGUGUCUUUAUUGCUUUCAUUUUAUCAACCCCCUCUAGAAGAUUCACCAUUUAACGAUGAUGAAACAAGUCAUGGGUGGAUAGAAGGUUUAGCAAUUUUAAUUUCAGUUAUAGUAGUAGUAUUUGUAACAGCCUUUAAUGAUUACACUAAAGAAAGACAAUUCCGAGGGUUACAAAAUCGAAUAGAAGGAGAACACAAAUUUGCAGUAAUUAGACAAGGAGAAGUUAAACAAAUCUCUGUCAGUGAUAUAGUUGUAGGUGAUAUUUGCCAAAUUAAAUAUGGAGAUCUUUUACCAGCUGAUGGAGUUCUUAUACAAUCAAAUGAUUUGAAAGUAGACGAAUCCUCCUUAACAGGAGAAUCUGAUCAUGUCAAGAAAGGGGAAUCGUUCGACCCGAUGGUAUUGUCCGGUACCCAUGUCAUGGAAGGAUCUGGUAAGAUGUUGGUUACUGCAGUUGGUGUUAAUUCGCAGGCUGGUAUCAUCUUCACGUUACUGGGAGCUGCUGUUGAUCAACAAGAAGCUGAAAUAAAGAAAAUGAAAAAGGAAGCUAAAAAGCAGCGGAAGAAGAAAAGCUUGACAGGUGAUGAAGAAAAUGUAACUGGAAAUAGCCACAUGAACUCCCCAGCUCCAGUCGCUACAGAAAAUAAACAUGAUACUGCUCAAGACGGUAAAGAAAAUCAUGUUCAGCCCGAAAAAUCAGCUGGAGAGAGAAACAAAAAGGAGAAAUCUGUGCUACAAGCUAAACUGACUAAGCUCGCCAUACAAAUUGGUUAUGCUGGUUCCACUAUAGCAGUCCUUACCGUUGUCAUACUGAUCAUUCAAUUCUGUAUCAAGACUUUUGUUAUUGAUAAUCAAACUUGGAAAAACUCCUAUGCCAAUUACCUUGUACGCCAUCUGAUUAUUGGUGUCACCGUACUUGUUGUAGCUGUUCCUGAGGGAUUACCACUUGCAGUUACCCUGUCUCUUGCUUAUAGUGUAAAGAAAAUGAUGAAGGACAACAAUUUGGUGAGACAUUUGGAUGCUUGUGAGACGAUGGGUAAUGCUACAGCCAUAUGUUCUGAUAAAACUGGUACUUUGACAACUAACAGGAUGACAGUUGUUCAAUCCUACAUAUGUGAACAGCUUUGUAAGACAAUGCCCAAAUUUUCUGAUAUACCUGCACAUGUCGGAAAUGUAAUCAUUCAGGCUAUUGCCAUCAACUGUGGCUACACAUCAAGAAUUAUGCCUCCAGAAGAGGGCAGCGAUCUACCGAGACAAGUGGGCAACAAAACGGAAUGUGCUCUGUUAGGAUUUGUUGUAGGACUUCAGAAGAAUUACCAAACGAUCAGAGAUGACUAUCCAGAGGAAACGUUUACUCGAGUGUACACCUUUAAUUCAGAUAGAAAAUCCAUGAGUACAGUGAUACCUCGUCAAGGUGGAGGUUAUCGAUUAUUUACCAAAGGUGCUUCAGAAAUUAUAUUACAAAAGUGUGCCUUUAUUUACGGCCACGACGGCCGUCUUGAGAAAUUUACCAGAGACAUGCAAGACAGGUUGUUGAAACAAGUGAUAGAGCCUAUGGCUUGUGACGGACUUAGGACUAUAUGUCUCGCUUUCAGAGAUUUUGUUCCUGGUAAAGCAGAAAUAAAUCAGGUACAUAUUGAGAACGAACCCAAUUGGGAUGAUGAAUCAAAUAUUGUCAAUAACUUGACUUGCUUGUGUGUCGUUGGUAUUGAAGAUCCUGUUAGAACUGAAGUACCAGAUGCCAUCAAGAAAUGUCAGAAAGCUGGUAUCACUGUCAGAAUGGUUACUGGUGACAAUGUGAACACCGCUAGAUCAAUAGCUACUAAAUGUGGUAUUGUUAAACCUAACGAGGAUUUCCUCAUUUUGGAAGGCAAAGAAUUUAACAGGAGAAUUAGGGACAGCGCGGGAGAAGUUCAGCAGCACCUUAUCGACAAAGUUUGGCCUAAAUUACGUGUUCUUGCUAGAUCAUCACCCACUGAUAAGUUUAUCCUGGUCAAGGGUAUUAUAGACAGUAAAUUGAAUGAUAAUAGAGAAGUAGUAGCAGUAACUGGGGAUGGUACAAAUGAUGGACCUGCUUUGAAAAAAGCAGAUGUUGGAUUUGCUAUGGGUAUCGCUGGUACGGAUGUAGCAAAAGAGGCUUCAGAUAUUAUAUUGACAGAUGACAACUUCAGUAGUAUUGUGAAGGCUGUUAUGUGGGGUAGAAAUGUUUAUGACAGUAUAGCUAAAUUUUUACAAUUCCAACUUACUGUUAACGUCGUUGCUGUUAUUGUUGCAUUUAUUGGUGCUUGUGCUGUCCAAGACAGUCCUCUAAAGGCAGUGCAAAUGUUAUGGGUAAACUUGAUUAUGGACACCUUAGCUUCCUUGGCAUUGGCUACUGAAAUGCCUACUGGAGAUUUAUUACUUAGGAAACCCUAUGGUAGAACCAAACCAUUGAUUUCAAGAACGAUGAUGAAGAAUAUCCUAGGACAAGCUGUAUAUCAAUUAGUUGUUAUUUUUUCUUUACUUUUUGUAGGUGAUAAAUUUUUGGAUAUAGAAUCAGGAAGAGGUGUGGAAAUUGGACAUCCGCCAACUCAACAUUUUACUGUCAUCUUUAAUUCUUUCGUCAUGAUGACCUUGUUCAACGAGUUCAAUGCUAGGAAAAUCCACGGACAAAGAAAUGUUUUUGAAGGAAUCUUCACUAAUCCUAUCUUCUACAGUAUCUGGAUAGGAACAUGUCUAGCACAGGUUGGAAUUAUCCAAUUGGGUGGUGUAGCAUUUUCAACUACCAGUCUAGAUAGAGAUCAAUGGCUUUGGUGUCUCUUCUUUGGUGUAGGAACUCUAAUAUGGGGUCAGCUAGUGACUACUGUACCAACCAGUAAAAUUCCAAAGAUUUUAUCUUGGGGUCGAGGACACCCUGAAGAAUAUACUGAAACAAUCCAAAUUGGCGAAGAGAAAUACGACCUUGAUUCUGACAAGAAACCUCGAGCGGGUCAAAUAUUGUGGAUAAGAGGUCUGACAAGAUUGCAAACGCAGGUGAUAGGUGGUGAAUUACAAGAACGUUUGAUUCCAGUUCCAUACAGCAAGAGCUCGACUGACCAAGCUAUCCGAGUAGUUAAUGCUUUCCGACAGGGCCUAGAUGCUCGAUAUGGAGAACACAGCAAUACUUCCUUAGCUGAGGUACUUCGCAAACAGACGACUCUAUCUAAGAGGUUGUCUCAAACUUCUUCCAUUGAAUACGCCGAUAACAUCCCCGACGAAUUGACGAUACCAGAAAUAGACGUGGAGCGAUUAUCGUCCCACAGCCACACGGAAACAGCCGUUUAGCUCCCCAUCCCCGUCCUAUUGCUCCUUCAUUUACUAUUAAUACUGUUAAUAUUACAGCAGUGCGUUCUAUGCGAUGGCAGCAGCGGUCCUGCUCUACUGCUGGUUUUCCUCUCGCCUUCCCCAAACCUAAUCCUCGAAAUUCCUAUUCAUUUUAUCCAUAUAUCCGCCACAGUCGCAAUUCGAUUUAUUAGAAGAUACAGAAACAUUAAUCUGUGUGGUUAUUAUAAUAAGACCGUGGUAAAGUACCUACUUAUAAACGUUACGUAGAGCAGCCUCGGGUAGAGAUUAAAUAUGUAGGUAAUGUAGUCAAUGCGAUAUUAGUACUACUUACUGUUGUUAACGCUCGGGAUCGCAGCUGUCACUAAAUCUCCGAUAUUUGUUGAUAUACUUGUUGGUCGGUGGUUUAUACUUCGUUUAUUAUAUUUAUCGUUUUUUGUUAUACGCUUUGAACUAUUGGAUAUAUAUAUAUAUAUAUAUAUAUAUAUAUAUAUAUAUAUAUAAAUAUAAAUAUAUAUAUAUAUAAAUAUAUUGAUAACCAGAAUAAGCAGGAUACGACGCGCUGUCGAUAUGGACUACAAGAUUAGCAAUAAAUGAGUGUUCCACAGUUCACUCAUAGAUUAAAUUUAGGUGCCUAUAUUUGUGAGACCUUUCAUUCCAGAAAAGUCUCACUACUGACGAGAAUACGCGAACGUUCAAUGUAAUUGGGCAGUAGCGAGCAUUCCCUUUCGCCUUCUUUAUCUCUGGUAACCAUUGGGUAUAUUCGCUUGUUCUCGUCUCGACAUAUACAUAUAAACAUAUUAUAUGAAAUUAUUAUAUGUGACCUGCCGUCCCCCCAGCCGCUUCCUUCCAUCGGGGACGACGGCUCGCCUAAUUUUUAACACUAGAUCCAAAAUCAGAUGUUAUUUGCCAAAUAUUUGAGGAGGAACGGUAUGCGAGAAGUUUAUUUUCAUUUAUAAUUUAUUAUUAAAUUAAAUUUAUAUAUCAGGACAAAUACUGCUUCUCCUCAUCCACAUCAUGUUAUUACCUAGGUCUAAUAUAAAAUAAAACCGUAGAUAGAUGAAAGUUAGGGCAACCCAAAAAAUUUGUACAUCAUGUGUUUUCAUUUAAAACAUUUCAUCCUCUUUUUUUUUCUUUAACACGAAAUAUAUUUAUAGCUAGCUUAAGUGAUAACAAUUUGACCAUUUUGACGUUAUCUCUCGACGAUUGGAUUGAAAUUUGUUAUUUAUAUAUUAAGAAAUAUAUUUAUAUGCAUGUCGAGGGCCAGAGUGAGGAUGAAUCGUUUUAAACUUAUACAUAGCAUGUUGUACCAAUACAUAGAAUGGUGUAUUAUAAUAAUAUUGUAGUAAUAAUGUGGUAAUACAUUACCAAAUCACAAACAUUGUAAUGAACUUGUAUUUGUAUUAUCACAUUAGGUGCUAAGUGCUAGUGCUGCACUGUGCAUUUGUUUUGUACUUACCUACGUAUUUCAUCUUAAAAGCUGUAAAAUACUAUUAAUAUUAUUAAAUAGUAUAUAAUAAGCUGUGAUAAUGGCGUGCCAGACCAACAGGUUGCGUCCAAAUCUUCAUGGUUGCGGCGAUGGUACUUAGGAACACCCAAAUACAUCAUUUAUUUUCGGGGUCAUUCCAUAUUCAGUCAACUUUCAAUUCCUAAUCCAAUAUAAUUCAAUACUAUGGUGGUGCCACAAGUAUCCGACUCAACAAAGAUAUCAUAAUCUCCUAUACAAUUUGUUCAAUAAGCUCUACUGCCUUUUUUAUCAUAAGAACUGUAUUGCUUCUCAAAAUAGCCGACAUUACUUGGAAAGUCUUUGACCACUGAGCUAUUUUAACCGUUGCCAAUUUAUGAACUGGUGUAGUGUCUAGAUGAAACAGCACUUUCUCCUGAUACAAAUGUGGUCAUUUUGCUUGAUUUCUUUGCUAAUCUGUUACUGUUAAUAAUUUUUCCUCUUCAAUAAAAUCAUGGAAAAUAAUUCUACACACAAUUAGACAGCAUGUAGAUGAAACGAUCUUCGCCUUAUUUGGAACUAGUUCUGACUGAUUGUUCUAUUUUUGGUGUGAAUUAAUGGGCCCCUGUCCAUAGUUAUGGAACACCACAAAAAGUAUGCUUUUUUCAUUUAGCUAAACACUGGAUUAAAAUAACUGUUUCUCGUGUCAUUUUUAUAUAAUAUGCGAUGUCCUUGUUUGAAAUUACAUCCUAUCUCAGGUACGUUCAGUCAACAAUCUUCCGAUUUUCUACACCAUUUCUGGUUCGGUCACAUUUGAUCGUACCAAUUCGUUCAGUUUUAUUUGUACUAAGCUACCCAAUAUUUCACUGUUGUAAACGAAGGAGUAGAGUCCCCUCCAAUAGAAAUCAGUUAAAUUGUUAUAAGCUUGUGUCAAUACCUUUCAAAUAAAAAUUUGUUCCACAUAACGAUGACCAAUAAUCAAUAACUGAAAACAUAUAACAAACGAAGUUGUGUCUUGAAAUAUAUAGAUUGUAUAUUUUCUAAUCCAGUGUUGUACCGGUUCUCAAGGUCACUCCGGGUACUUACGGAACCACAAAUCUGUAAAAUGUAAAAGUUGAAUACAAUUUUUUCAUUAAGUUAUUUGCUGACAAAGAGGGGGUCAAUAAAUGCGUCUAGAGUUUAUUUAUACAGUUUUACUAAAAUGUUAUUUAUCAUAUAUAUAUCGUUUGAAAUUUUGUCACAGUAUUGGUUAAGGUAAUGGAUCUCUAUUUUGAAAUCAUUCCUAUUUGUGUCGUCUGUAAUUCUAGUAAUUUUUCCAUUUGACAUUGUUUUUCAUUCACUAUAAGGCGCAGUAUUGACAGUACGCUUAUUUCCUUUUCUUUCGAUAUUUAAUUUAACCUCUGUAUUUAUAUUGAUCGAUUAUUGGCGGCAUCGUUAGUAACUCCAUUUAUUUAUACUUAUGUUUAAAGGUGAAUGUUCUGGUGGUAUUGCUAGCGCGUCCAAAUCUGUCUUCUGAUUUUUACGCGAGGUAAUGUUAAGCAGUAUUUUUGUAUGUGUCUUGGAAGUGGCCUGUUUUUCUGGCCCAUUCACGCACACAUUUUUACCCACUACUCCGUAUCGGAUUUUCGAAUUGACGGAACUUGUCAUCAAAGAAAAA